AAGUGUCCACGUGUACUCUAAUUAAGUCUUAAUUUCUCUUAUUUUAUUUUUUCUCUUUCUGCUUCUUCUUCAUCUCCAUCUCCUCCAUGAAAAAAAUCUGAAAAACCAGAAACCCCUUCUUCUUCUACAAUGGUGAAACCGAGAAAUAAUUAGUGAUUUCCCUUCUAUGUCUCCUAAACCUAAUCCCUUUUCUCCAUAUUCGUUAUCUCUUCCACAAAACCCAAAUUCUCUAACAAAUCUAAAGAUUACAGUUUCCUUGUCAACAUCAAAAUGAAAAACCCUAUCUCCUCAACUAUAUUCAUCGUCAUUAAACAAAACCCCUUACUUUUCCCAGUUUCAAUAACUAAUAGUCCUUCACUUCACCAGAUCUAUUCGAGGUCGUCUUAAACAAGGAUUUAAUGUUUUACAGAUGAAAGAGAAGAUAUUUAUUGUGCCAAUUUUUUUCUUUAUCUGUGAUUUCUCUUGAGGAUAAAAAGAGUAGUUUAUGUUGGUGUUGAGUCUCUUAAUUUCUUUAUAUUCCCUAUAUUGGAGGCACUUAACAUUGCAGCACCUCUGAUAGUGCUGCUAGAAUUGAAUGGAUGUGGUGUUUUAUCCGAAGCAUCCAUUCGUUGUCCGUGUAUGAUAACAUUAGUUGCUUCCUUUUGUGGGUGAAAUCUUUUAAAUCAAGAUCACGUUGCUCCUCAAACUUGUCUAAGGUGAUUCUAACAUCUUGGGGAUUCUGAGAACGACCUUUGGAUAGAUGGAUGGACAUGUUCCAUCUACAUUCGAGGGAAAUUUUAUACAAGGGAUGACACGUCGUGGUCAAUUUCCUGCUCACCAUUCUUUAGAGCGUCAUCAUCCGAGCGAGCGUGAACUCUUGGAGAACAAGCUAGCUGCUCAAAAAGCAGAUAUACAUCGAUACACCAUGGAAAAUCAGAGAUUGGCGGCUACUCAUGUUUCCUUAAGACAUGAACUUAUUGAUGCUCAGCAGGAAAUGCAGAAGCUUCAGGCUCACAUUAGAAGCAUCGGAACAGAAAGUGAUAUUCAGAUUCGACUUCUGGUGGAUAAGAUAGCCAAAAUGGAGGAGGAUGUCAGGGCUGGGGAGAGUAUUAAGAAAGAACUGUUACAGGCACAUAUGGAGGCAAAAGCCCUAAUUGUUGCGAGGCAUGAACUUAAUGCUCAAAUUAAACAUGCUACUCAGGAAUUACAGGAGACCCAGUCUGAGGUCAAAUCAUUACCAGAACUCCAUGGAGAGCUGAAUAGUUUGUUCCAAGAACACCAGAGGUUACGGGUCACGUUUGAAUCCGAAAAGGGUUUGAACGUGGAGCUAGUAGAAAAAUUGCAAAGAAUGGAAAACAUUAUGAUGUCAAUGGCAAAAGAAGUGGAGAAGUUACGUGCCGAGGUGGCAAAUGCAGAAAACAGAGCUUAUGCAGCACCAAAUGCGUGUGGAGCUGUUUUCGGAAACCAAGAUCCUUACGCAGCACUCCCUCCUCCCCCUCCUUCACUCCUACCUCCCCCUCCUUUACUCCUCCCUCCACCUCCACCUCCUCCACCUCCGCCAUCCACUCCGCCUCCACCUACGCCAGGGAUUGCAACCCAAGUUGAUGAUGGCUACAAUGGGAAUCCUAUACAGACUGGUGGUGGGACAUCAGGUGAUGCACAAAAUGUAUAUGCAAUGGGCGGCACUACCGCCCUUGCUGGUUCUGCUAGCAGUAGCAAUAGUGGUGCUGUUGUUGGUGCUGGGGGUACCGCAGUAAGUAGUGGGGCGAGGAGCGGAUGCGAAAGAUGAAAUGAUGGCCUUCUUCCCACUCAACUCUUGGAGGUAAAUGUAAAAUGCAUGCGUAAUAUUAUGGGCUGUAUGUAAAGUUCUCGAAACUAAUUUAUAUUGUUUGACUUGGUGUAACUGUGUUAUAAUGAAAAUGCUAUUUACCACUGAGCUAGAUUAUCUUUUACAA